CUACACAGCCCGCAUUUCAAAGCGACUGCAGCAGCAGUGGAUGUGGAUUAAUACUGCAAAGAGUUACUUUAGGAUUUGUGUUUCCCGUUCCAUUUUUUUUUUUUUUUUUUUUGUAAAGUUCACCAAAACUUUAUGCCUUUUUUUUUUUUCUUUUGUGGUUGCUGAACGACAGAUGCAAACGUGAAGCCACUGAAGAGGAACUCCAGGGACAGGCAAAAACGCGAAACUUCAUAUGGAUUUUGGAACUUUUUUCAAAGAUCCUAAUGUGAUGUACUUGUUAUGUCCAUCCUUGCUGAGCAACUGCUUACUUUGUGGCGCCCCACUGACUUCAAGUCACCAACUGUGACGUGAUAUUAAAGCAUCAGAGAGUAGCUCUCUAACUGUUCAGGAUGGAAUAAGUUUUUUUGUUUGUUUUUUUUUAGGAUUCAUUCUUGGAGGAAAUGGGAAGUCGUGUCAUAUUGAUGGAGCGAGCAGUAGUUUUUGUAUACAGUGUACUGAUUCUAAUCAUAGGUCUCUGCGUCGGAUCUCCUAACCACAGCCAUCGACUGGUCUGCUGGAAAGCCAUCCUAAAGUGUCACGCAGAGCCGGAGUGCCAAUACGCCUAUGAUCAGUACAUAUAUGCCUGUGCAUCUGUUUUGAGCGGAGAACGCAAGAAGUGUCCCAGUCACUGCAUAUCCUCUCUGAUUCAGCUCAAUUUAACCCAGAGCGGCCCGGCUCUGGAGGACUGCGACUGCGCCCAGGACCCGAACUGCAGGAACACCAAGCGAACCAUCGAGCCGUGCCUGCCGCGGACCAGCACCAUGGGCUGCACCGAGGCCCGACUGCAGUGUGAAAUGGACCCGUAUUGCAGCUCAGCUAUGAGGGAUUAUUUAUUUCACUGCCGUAAACUUUUCGGAGGAGGAAGGUGCUCGGAUGCGUGCCGCAAAGUAAUAGCCAACAUGCGUUCAAUACCUAAAGCGCAACAGCUGGACACCUGCGUGUGUGACGGCACUGAGAGGAAUAUAUGUGAGUAUAUCAAAGUCAGCAUGAAAACUUUCUGCUUCGGUUCCAGUGACAGGGACGCGGGAAGCGGAUUUUCAGACUCUGAGGACGAUACUGAGUACGAUUACAUGGAUCAGGAGGAUGAACCAUAUGUGGAAAACUCGAGUGACACCGCACCUUUCCAGACUGCGUUCAGUACUCUGACCACCAUUUUGGUUUUAACCAAAAUUAUCUGAAGAGUCCCCUGCCAUUAGGGGCAGCUGGGGCAGAGAGUGGGCUCAUAGCCACCAGAAACACGCACCGAAAUCUUCUUAUCAGCAUAUUUUGUCGGUACCAUUUUUGAGCUUUUUAAAUUCAACCAAAGACUUUAUAUCUACAAACAUGUAUUUAAAACAGGGCAUAUGAUGUUUAUCAAUUAUGAUAUCACUGCUGUGAAAAGCAUGCAAGUGACUGUUGUGAAUCAGAUAGUAGUUAUAUUUGAGUUACACAAUAAAAAUAAAACAAAAAAAAGAUCAUCUUUUAAUGUUAAAGGAACCUAUUUUUGUAUGUUGGUAUACAUAAAUAUAAAUUGUAUAAUGUAAAAAUAUUUUUUCUAAGUAUUGGUUUGGGUGUUAGAGAGAGAGAGAGAGAGAGAAAGGAAGAUUUGCACUGUAUCUAACAGAAAGUCCUGUACUGCAUUAUCACCACAGAGGGAGGAAAUAUGCUCCAUCAAAGUGCCUCAAGGUCGUUUUCAUUCACCUUGAACCGGCUGUGAAGGCUGUACAACCCUUUCACUAUAAGCCAAAGUUGAUUAAAGCCCCUAAAAUGUGUUUUAAUCCCACAUCUGCAUAAAGAAUCUCUUGACCUUGUCAACAUAGUGUUUGCUUAAGGCAUAAAGUGUUAAUUGCUAACGCAAACAGACUGGAGAAAGGUAAACCCCUCCUCCCGGGGAUUUGCAACACAAGCGAUGCCAAGAAGCAUUCACUCAGUUUGUUUAUCUUCACCCUGUGUGUUUGUUAGAAGUCUUAACAGAGACGUACUGAUUAAAACAACAUGUCUGUGUUUGGGGGGAAUGCAGAUACUUAGUGCCUGUUAGGAACACAGACUUUUGAAUGUACAUGCACAUUAAAUAAAUAGCAUUUUAAAAAUG